AUGCCCUUCAGUCUAACGAAUGCCCCUGCCGCAUUCACGGACCUAAUGAAUCGAAUCUGCCGACCAUUCCUCGACAACUUUGUUAUUGUUUUCAUUGACGACAUUCUAGUUUAUUCUCGAAGCAAAGAAGAGCAUGGCCAACAUCUCCGAAAAAUCCUGGGAACCCUGCGAACUGAGAAGCUAUACGCAAAACUCUCCAAGUGUGAGUUCUGGCUCCGUAGCGUGAACUUUUUGGGUCAUGUUGUUAGUCAGGAAGGAAUACAUGUGGAUCCUUCUAAGGUCAAAGCCAUCGAAGGAUGGGCAGUCCCAGCAACACCCACAGAAAUUCGCCAAUUCUUAGGUCUAGCAGGUUACUACAGGAGGUUCAUUCAAAACUUCUCUAAGACUGCCAAGCCACUUACCUCGCUUACACAAAAGGGUGUACCCUUCAAAUGGACGGACAAACAAGAAGCUGCAUUCCGAACUCUGAAGCAAGCACUCUGCAGUGCCCCGGUACUAUCACUACCAGAGAGAACGGAAGAUUUUGUAGUCUACUGUGACGCGUCAAAUCAGGGUUUAGGUUGCGCUCUCAUGCAGCGUGGAAAGGUGAUAGCUUACGCGUCCCGGCAACUAAAGACACACGAAGUAAAUUAUACAACCCACGAUCUGGAAUUGGGAGCAGUGGUUUUCGCCCUGAAGAUUUGGAGGCACUACCUUUAUGGUACGAAGUGCACCAUCUUCACGGACCACAAGAGUCUCCAGCACAUCUUGAAUCAAAAAGAGCUGAAUAUGAGGCAACGAAGAUGGGUUGAACUAUUAAACGAUUAUAAGUGUGAAAUCAAGUACCACCCAGGCAAGGCUAACAUGGUAGCUGAUGCCUUGAGUCGGAAAGAGUACUCUAAUCGUCGUGUGAAAACUCUCUCAAUAACCAUCCAAUCACACCUAACAACUCAGAUCAGGGCAGCCCAGUCAGAUGCCAUAAACGCGGAAAACAGAACAAGCGAAGCGUUACGCGGAAUGGAGAAGAAUCUCGAGGUGAAAGAGGGUGGAGUAUAUUAUUUCAUGAACCGUAUUUGGGUCCCUAAACUUGGAGGAUUUAGGGAGGUAGUCAUGAAUGAAGCUCACAAGUCGCGAUACUCCAUCCAUCCGGGUUCGGACAAAAUGUACUUGAAUAUUAAACAACAUUAUUGGUGGCCUAACAUGAAGGCAGAGAUUGCCACCUAUGUUAGCAAAUGCCUUACUUGCGCCAAAGUAAAGGUGGAAUACCAGAAGCCCUCGGGGUUAUUACAGCAACCAGUAAUUCCCGAGUGGAAAUAG